GAGCGGGCGGCCGUCAGUCCAUAUAACGGACCAAACAGAGCCGGAGCGGGUUAGACGGCAGAGUCUGGCUGAGUGGCCGAUCCCUGAUGGUGCCGAGGGGCUGCAGAGAAAUGACCCGCCCCACAGCUCUGCAACUUCCCCCACGAGACGCUCUUUCCUUUGUGAUGGGGAAACCGAGGCACAGAGUGGUGUAAUGACCUGCCCACGGUCACCCAGAAAUCCAGUGGAGCAGCCAAGAAGAGAAGCACGUCUCCUGGGUGCCAGCCUGGUGCUCCCUCCAGGGACAGGAACUCAGUGACUGUGUGGCCUGAAGCCAAGGCGCAGAUGAGUGGAGUGGAAGGUGAGUAUAACAGACAAUAUCCCCCUUCUCAGGGGUGCUCAGGUCAAACAGCCCCUCACUGAGGUAACUGCCGGCCUAGGAUGGAUUCUCCGGCGCCAAAACCCUCAGGGGAGCCCUGUAGAACCCCCGGGUCAGUCCGGUCCAAACUGGUCCUUGUUCACCACUGACCGUUAAAAAGGGCGGGAAACACUCCAACUGCCCUUCUAGUCACAUGACCCAAUCCUCCAUGUUGGGUCACGUAGUGAGGCGGCUGCCCCACUCCUGGAGAAGGGGUUAAAACCGGCCAAGCUGGGCUGAUUGGGGAAGCUGUGGCCAGCUCAUUAGGGCCCAGCUGGCCCUGAUAAGAGGGCUGGGGGCCAGGAGCAGGAGCUUUGCUCUAGCCCUGCAGGGAGAAGGACAAGCUGCCUGAGAGGAGGGGACCUGAACUGGGCACUGCUGAGAAACAGGGCAAGGAAGCUGGGGAGCUCCAGAAUGGUAAACCCCCAGGCUGCAGGCCUUGGUGAGGGCCUACAGAGGUACUCGGGCUGCAGAGAUGCAGCCUGGGAAUAGGCAAAGGCAGCAGAUCCUACCCCCUUGCCAGUGAUGCGUGGCCAUUGCAGACUGCAGUCUGCCCCAGGGAGCGGGGGCUAGAUGAUGACUGGCAGUAGCCAUUGAGGCGAGGUGGGUGUAGAGGGUAGGGGGUGCCCCUGGGACUGGAGACCCAGAGUGUGGGGGUGCUGCGGGGUAGAACCCUGAGGUAAAGGGUACCGGGGUCGGGGAGCGACACAGGGCCAGCGGCAGGCGAGACCCCCGCCGGCAGAGGGUGCCCCGAAGGCUGGAAAGAGCUAAUGCCCAAGACGACCAGCAGGAGGCGCCGCGCCGAUGAACUUUCACGUGUAGACAAUCCUAAAAAAGACUGAAAUCCUCAACGCUCACCAAACGCAGAGACACAGAACUUUGUAACGUCAUCAUGGCCUGAUCCACUGUCAACGUAGAGGAAAUAGAAGCUGCUGAAUGACUCCUUAAAAGGACUAAUCAGCAGUGAGAGAUCCUCUGGGUGAAAGCGACUCUGCUGGUGAAGCGAGAGUUUGGCUCACGGCGGAGAAACCACACGGAGCAGAGGAAGUUGUUGACUGACCGUCUCGAAGGAGUCUCUUUUCGCUGUCAGAAAUUCGCCUCCACUAUCAUCUCGGGCUGUCAAGAGCAGGGAGGGCGACAUGAAAUAUUCCAGCUUUUAACAGCGACCGGUGCAGCUGAUUCUCUCUUCUGGAACCAGAUCAUGAGGAUCUCCUUGUGCCUGCUGCUUUUCUCUGUGGUCCAUGGUGGAGGUUGUAAAGAAAUGGAAGUGGCUGCAAUUGCAGGGGAAUCCGUCCAGUUACAGCCAGUGAAAUUGCCGGAGCCUUGGGCAGAAAUGACCUGGGAUGUCACACUAGACUCAGCACAGACGUAUGGGAUUGUAACAUUUAAUAAAGGGGAACCCCCUGACCUUGGGUCAUCCCCACAUUUUAUCAGCAGAGUCACUUUCCACCCUGAGAAUCUCUCACUGCAGAUUGAGCCCGUUAACAAGUCAGACAGUGGCCUCUAUACCUUGAGAAUUGACAUUGGAGGAGGCCGUGAAGACAUCACAAAGUUCCGUGUCUCUGUGUUUGACCGAGUGCGGCAGCCAAACCUCAUGGUGCUCUCUGCCCACCCGGAGCUCGGCCAGUGCAACGCUACCCUGUCCUGCUCCGUGCCUGGCGCUGACAGAGUCACCUACAGCUGGUCCCGAGGCACGUCCUGGAUCCCGUCUGAGAGGGACCAUCAGCUCCCUGGGAACCAAUCCCUGCUGCACCUAGUGAUUAAUGCAAACAGCAGUGACGUCUUCUACCGAUGUAACGCUAGUAACCAAGUCAGCUGGGACGCAGACACCAUAGAUGUCAAAUCAUCGUGUGACUCCCCAGCCACAGCCCUAACUCCUGGAAUCAAACAACAAGCUUUCUCUCUUACAGACUUUUUUCAGAAAGUCCCACUGUGGGCAAUUGUUGCUGCAGGGCUGGGGCUGCUGCUUCUGCUCAUGGCGCUUGCCCUCAUCUUCCUCUGCAAACAUCGGAAGAAGCAACGCUCCUGCAAAGACAGUGACCCGCCCCUCACCAUCUACGAGGAAGUGGAGGACGCCUGCCCCAGAAGAAACGCUAAUGGAAAUGCCGAGAGCAGAAUUGUAGGAAACACCAUCUACGCUGAGAUCAACUCCAACCCGCAAGUAGCAGACUUCACGGUGUACGCGGCUGUCCAGAGGCCUCCUUCUGUCAAGAGGAAGAAAAUCAACCCGUCCUUCAUCUCUACCAUCUACUCAGAGGUUCAAGAAGCCCCUUCCAGACCCAGGCGUCCUCAAAUGCCGCGCCCAUCUUCACCUAAUCCUGUGCAUCUGUAUUCCUAGCUUCCACAGCUCCUCGCUGCACGACACCACCCUCCUUCCUUUAAAGGCCUUUUCCCCGUGGAGGGAGCUCCUUGCGGAUGGACAGACCUCCACCUGUGCAGAUAAGCACAGCUUUGAUCUGAGCUGCUUGGAUGUACAAGACUUGGGGUUCUUCCUUCUCGCGCUCAGAGUGGAAAUAUCACAAUAACAGGAUCUUCAUUCAUAUUGUGCAGUCCCAAGCCAAACAAUGAAGGCUCAUUGAAAACAAAUACACAGAAGCAGCAGAGAAUAGACACUUGAACUUUUCUUUCAUUGGGAAAGGUCGUUUGAGAAGGUUUGAUGUGGAAAGAUGGUUGGUUUGGGGGUAUUUUUUUGUUAAUUUCAAUUGAGUCAACACUCCUUUGCAGUUUGCACGCAGGGAUGUGUAUAGAUUUAAUCGCAUUAGCAAUGGGUAUUGUGGGUUAAUUAGCUUAAUCGUUUAUUUAUGGCUUUAAAAUAUAGCUAAGCAGGACAGAUGUAGAGUGUAACUUACCCUCAUGCUAGUGUAAAUCAGGAGUAACUGCACUGAAGUCAGCUAGGGCAGAUACUCUGCUGGUGUAAAUCAACUGUUACCCUGGUUUUACACAGCUGUAACUUGUAAGUGGGAGGAAAUUCAGCCCCUACUCUUCAGGGAGGCAGGGAAUGGCACUGGAAUUUGAGGUUAAAAGUUUUGGUGACUGAGUUGCGUAAGAGCUGAGACACAGGUCUCGCAUCCCCCCAGGUAAGGAAGAAGAUGACUAUUAACAAUUGUUUUAUUUUACACAAGACUAAUACAAGUAAAUACCAUCAGGUGCAAUUUAGGCAGAAAUUGUUUUGUUUUUAAAAAAAGGCGUUCUACAAAACCAAAGAUCAACAGAAACAUAUCAAGAUUGUUUUGAAAAAAAAUCUAUUUGAAAUAUUUUUUUUUUACAAAAACCCUAGAUCUUACACUGCAAUAGUUUGAGCUCAGUGUUCUGUUAGUGAGCAAGAGUCAAACCGACUAGAAACAAAGGUGAAACUGCCCUGGCAGGUUUGCCCCGGAUGAGAGAAAUGCAAACCAGCAGAAUAGAGAGAAUCGAGAGGAAGUUUUGAACCUUCCCAUGACUUGCAUCAACGUGGUGGAAAAGGCAAGGAAACUUGUGUUUAAAAGUAGCGCACGAGGUGGGAAGGAUAGUCCAGUGGGUAGGGCACUGCCACAGCUUCCAGUGUGACCUUUGUGCAAGUCCUUUAGUCUCUCUCUCUCUGCCUGCUCCCAUUUCCCACAUAUACAAUGGGGAUAACAGCACUGCCUUGCCUGCCAGGUAGGGUGACCAGAUGUCCCAAUUUUAUAGGGAUAGUCCCAAUUUUGGGGUCUUUUUCUUAUAUAGGCUCCUAUAACACCCCCCCCCCCACACACACACACACCCCAUCCAGAUUUUUCACACUUGCCGGGGAGGUGUGAGGCUAUAGCAAAAAUUGUGAGGUGCCCAGAUACUGUGAUUGGGGAGGGAGGGGUCAUGUAAGCGCCUAAGAUAAAAGCUAAGCUCAGUUGGUGAGGGGGCAUCCCACAGGGAGAGUCUGACACCAGUGACUGUGAACCAUAUUUAUUGGCUUCCAGGAUGUCCUGUGGGCAAAGGAUGAGGGUGGGCUCAGGUCUCUGGGUUUCAUUUCUGCUCUGCCCCAGAUUCUGUGUGACCUUGGCUAAGCCUGCCUGUGCCUCGGUUCCCUGUAGAUGAGAAGUUAGGGUUUCCUUAACUCACAGGGGGCAAUGCAAUGGACUGUGAGAUGCUCCGAGUCCUGUGCAAGGAGCCAUAUGAACACAUAGCAGAGAGGUGUUCAGAGCAUCACCUUUGAAGCCCCAGAGGGCCUUAGACCCAACUACCUCCCCUCCCCCUUCCCCAUGACACUGUCACAGGAAGCACUUGAGUUUGGUUUUACAGAGCUGGGGAGGCUAAUGGAAUUGCUGUUCCCAGAGGGGUCAAUGGAUGUUUAGAAUCUGGCUGCUCUACCUACUCUGAAGUCAGCUGCUGAUCUCCAGAAUACGUGGGCUUUGCAGCAUGCCUGGGCAGGGGCGUGGGGUGGGCCAAGGAGUGAUGGGCUCGGGGUUUCCAUGGGGAUGUUUUUGUUUAUGUAUGUCUUUGAAGGCUCCAUUUUUUGCGCUGGGUGGGAUUUGGCUGCUGUCAGUGCCGUAGGUCGUGUUCUUAGGCAGAGGUCAGAGGCAGAAAUGAGAGCCGGGGGCGCUCGCUUUGCAAACCUCCCCCACAUAACCGUUUGCCAGAGCAGGGACUGGCACCGUGUUUGUGUUUUACAAUAAAUAUCCUACAAUGUGAUGGACA